UCCAAAGUAGCAAAGUGAGAAAAAGAAUUAAAGUCUGUGUGUGUGCGUAUUAAUUUAUUCUGUGACUUUACUUCACAGCCAGAUCUGCCUCAAAGACGCACAACUUCCGGCAGGUGCGCGUUUUCCUAAAUCAGUCUUGAGAUCUUUCUUUUUCUUUUUUUGUUUCUGAAGAUCCACCCCCAAACUCUCGCUGCGAACGGUUUCGUUUGUUAAUAAACAGUCAUGAUCUCUGACUUAUAAUUAAGAAUACCAACAAGGUCUGUCUGUGAGCAGGGGUCUGUUUUCCCGCAGGAACUUAACAGCCGCUUGACAGCUGCUGCAAAACGUCUGGCAUCUUACCAAAAACAGGGAGCGUCUGUUUUACUGUCCGAGUCUGUCUGGCGAGUUGACUGCAAACUGUUGCGUUUAUCGCUGCACACCACGGAGGUGACACCUCUAUAAACUGCAGCUGAAACCCUACAGGGGAUAUCGCUUACAAUGGUAAUUUUGGAUGGAAUAUUGAACGAGACUCAACCCUCCGACUAUAACUAUGACUACGAAUUUAAAGAUGAAGAUGUCGAUAAGGCAGUGUGGAUCCCAAUUCUGUUCUCCAUAUUGGUGAUCGUUGGGUUGCUGGGGAAUGGACUUCUCCUGGCAGUCCUGGCUCAGAAGAGGCGACCCUGGAGAAUAUCGGACAGUUUUAUUCUCCAACUAGGAGUGGUGGACAUCCUGCUGCUGUUGACCCUGCCCCUCUAUGCUGCCCAUGCCACUCAAAGCUGUGGAUGGUGCUCACAGACUGUCCUCAGGGUCUGUGGAGCUUUUUUUAAGAUCAACCUAUAUGUGGGGGCAUUUCUUCUGGUUUGCAUCUGCCUGGAUCACUACCUGUCCUCCAUACAUGCCGGCCGGUGUAGAAGCCACAGAACCAGCUUGGCGAUCCUGGGCUGUCUGCUGGCGUGGCUCAUUUCUGUCACCCUUACUGUCCUGGAUGGGAUUUUUCUUGUCAAUACUGAGUCAAUGCCAGGAAAAGCCCUCUCUGCUCACUCUCACCCCAAAACUAAAGUUGACUGGCAGCUAAUCUCACGUGCGCUCCACCUUGGAGUUGGCUUCUUGCUCCCUGCACUUAUCCAAAUUGUGUUCUGUUCCCACAUCAUGAUACAACGCAAAUCCAAUCGCCAGAUCAGGAUAAGACCUGUUCUGCUCAUCUUAUCUCUGGUGGGAGUUUUCCUACUCUGCUGGAUCCCAUACAACACCACCCUCUUUAUAGACACCAUCUCCUACACAUCGAAAGACUUUCUCAAAAACUUUUUUGUAGAUCAUAUUAAUUCUUUAAAAGCAGCUGUGAAAGUCACCUCAGCUGUAAGCUGCAUCAGUGCCUGCGUCAGGCCUCCUUUAUACUUUUUGUUUUGUGGAAACUUCCGGAAAGCAGUAUUCAGCGUCCUUACAUGUGCAAAGGUUGAAUGCAGGAGCUCACUGUGGGAGCUGGGCAUGGAGGCGCCACAUGACCAGUGUCGCUCAGAGGAGGAGAUGAACCAGAUGACGAGUGCAUAACAACAAAUUAAGCCAGUAAUGAUCAACAAAAUUACCCCGGAGUGACUCAGACAUCACCUGAGGGACUUCCUGCUCAGAAAGGGGAAGUUUUAAAGCUGAAAGACUUUUGUGGGAAUGUGGAAAGUUGAUAUAAAUAAUAUAAAGAAUGAAAGGGAAAAGACCCAAAUUGUGUAAUAUGAAAGUUUCCAAGCCUCAUCAUGGUCACAGAAAUAUUUCACAUUCUUGCUGCACAAUCUAAGCUUGUCAUUUUUACUUAAAAAGUAUUGAGGUCUUUUUUAUGUACUGGUAUAUAUUAUAUUGUUAUAAUUGCGUUUCAUAUUAAUGUAAUAUAUGUUAUUUUACAUGUGCCAAGUAAGCAGAAGUGUCACAUUACAUGUUUUAACUAAUAACGGUUGCAAUCAGAAAUAUUCAACCUCUUUAUCUCAAGACACUGUAGGGAUGUGGAUGAAGAAAACUGACAAUAAAUUUCAAAUUAUGUUUUUUUAUACAAGUUAUUUUGACUUAACUUCAAAGUUCAAAUGGAAAUUGUGUUUGACUAUGCUUCUCUGUGCUGCUACUGCCUUGUUUAGAUUUUAAACAUUGUCAUUACAAUUUUAAUCUUUUGUCAAAGACAACUCACGUAUGGGGUUUGUUUCUAAAUUAGCUAUGACUGAAUCAGAAUAGUACGUCUGGUCAAUACCUUGCUGGAGAGUCCAAUGAUAAGAAGGUUAGAUUUUUCAACAGAGAGCAACAUGUUCCUCUUUUGAAUGACCUGCAUGGUGUUUGUUAAAAUCCACGAGGUCGGCCACAUGAUCAAGAUUGCAACUAUUGUUUCUGAUAAACAGACCCACAUCAUCAGUCACUGACCUCUAUGCUUGACCAUUCUUCAUCAGUCUUCCAUGUGGGAUAUACACCUGAUCCAGGUGUCCAAACAGUUCCAGUUUGGCUUCAUUAGUGGAUUGAAUCAUCUCCCUAAACUUUGUAGUCUUGAUGUAUGGUCAAUCAAAGUGUGUGUCUUGAAAUUGUGCAAUGGUGUCUUUGUAUAUUCAGUCCAAGUCUUAAGUUGCCACUGAAGCACUUAUACCAAGCCUGCCGGUGUUUUGCAGUCACAUUGGGGUUUGUCUUGGGCCUUCUUAGUUAGCUGCUAAUGGUUGUUGAUGAAGUUUUGGCCUUCCUACCACAGCUAAGUAGGUUUGCAGCUGUCCCAUCCUUACAAUGCUCCUAAUGGUGUAUUUUAGGAUGUUAAAUUUUUAGGAGAAAUCCUUAUCCCUAAGGUACUUUGGGUGUCGGCCUUUUAUUCGCUUCUUUUAAUCUUUUCCAUAAUUCCAAAUCACAUUGAUUUUGCAUCACAGAUAAGGUAAAUGAGGGAUGAAUGACGAGUUUCCAGAGGAUUGAUAAUGUUUUAUCUCCACGUAAGAACAUAAAAAUGUUCAGUCAGAUUUAAAAACAAUUGGUGUGGGUUGAAUACUUGGCAUGGCUAUCCUAGUUAACACAGAAGUACUUAAUCAUGCUUUUGUGUGAUUAUUUUUGUUCAACUCAUAAAACAGCAAUUGAAACAACAUGUUGCUCUUUGCAGAGACGUUUCCUUUAAGAAACCUUAAAAUCUUUGGAUUUCGAAUACUUCUGAUUGCAACAUUUGUGAAAACCAGAGCCAAAUGCUAUAAUCUCUUUUUCUUGUCAGUGUUAUAUCCUCAUUAAGUGUACUAUGUUACAUUUUAUCCCUGUAGAGCUGGAAAGCUUCAGCAAUUGUAUUCAGAAGCUUGGCAGUUACACCCAAUAAACUGUUUCUCUUUCCGUUUUAUA